CGGGGAUCCGCGCGAGGCGCCCCUAACGCCACGUGAGCUUGCAAAGCAACCCCCAAAGCGAGAGGGAAGGCAUUUCCUCACCUGGACGGGGAUCUACGCACGCAACACAAACGAAGCAAUAGUGUGGAACCGCUACCAGAGUGCAGACGUGUGUGUGUUCCGUUUUGGUACGACGGAUUUUGCCUCCUGAAGACCACACCGGUUCCUUCCGGGAGACACGAUCAUGGCCGGAAGAGGCGGCCGAGGCCGGGGCCGCGGCGGUCACAUGACCUUCAACGUUGAAGCUGUGGGCAUUGGAAAGGGGGAGACGCUGCCCCCGCCCACCCUCCAACCCUCGCCUCUGUUCCCCCCCUUGGAAUACAAACCAGUUCCACUACAGACUGGGGAGGAGGUUGAGUACAUGUUAGCCCUGAAGCAAGAGCUGAGAGGAGCUAUGAAGAACCUGCCAUAUUUCAUCAAACCUUCUGCACCAAAGAAAGAUGUGGAACGCUAUUCGGACAAGUACCAGAUGUCCAGCCCGAUUGAUAAUGCCAUAGAGUGGAGCCCAGAUUGGAGACGGUUGCCCCAGGAAUUAAAAAUCCGCGUACGAAAAAUUCGAAAACAGAGGGCCACCAUCCUUGCUCCCAAGCGCAAAACUCAACUGCCAGUAGACAAAGAGGAAGCCAUCAAGAAGUUGGAGACGUUGGAAAAGAAAGAAGAAGAGGUGACAUCCGAAGAGGAAGAGGAGAAAGAAGAGGGUGAAGAAGGGAAAGAGGAGGAGGAAGAGGAAUAUGACGAAGAGGAAUAUGAAGAGGAGACGGACUACAUCAUGUCCUACUUCGACAACGGGGAAGACUUUGGGGGUGACAGUGACGACAACAUGGACGAAGCGAUAUACUGAAUAGCGACGCCCCCAGAGGUGGUGGGCGGGCGAUGCUCCCCUCGCCUCUCGCACGCAUGACUCCUGCCUAGGAGGUCUUUCCUGCCACCGUUGGGGAUGCUUCGGGAGGAUCCAACUUUGGCGCGGCGAGGGGAGAGAUCUUGUGGGUUUCCUUCUCCACGGAUCAGUUUCCCUGGCCGUCUGCGCCUUUAGCCUCUAGGUGGCAUCAGGGAUCCACUCUUCCAUCAGCCACUUGGAGGCAGGAGCAAAGAAACUAGAUCACCGCUGUUGUGUCUGUUUCUGCCUCUCUCUUUUUCUUGGAAAGUGUAUGAGCUCCUGAAAGUCUGGGGUUUUUUUUCUGGAACAAUUGAAGAUUUCAGCUUAAACACAGCCUGGAAAGGAGGCCGGAAUGUUCCAGAAGCCACGAAAGCUGGGAGGAACGUUAGGGCUGUAUUUGCCUUUUUAUUUAUUCCUUCCCAGCAGAACCCGUGCCUCUCCUUGGAUCUAUUUUGUUCAACCAUAUCCCGCAUUUGUUUUACACUGGAGCAAAGAGAUAAAAUGAAACCCAAAGACGUUCUUGCUUUGUUAAGGAAUUAGUUGAAGGCGAUGACUUUAAAUUCCAAGUGCCUGCCCCGUUUUUCGGUGCUUGGCUUCGAAGGAGUGGGGCAGAUGAGCCAAGGGGGUUACCAGCAUCUUCCACAACCCUCUGGGCCUGGUCACAUAACCUGUUCCCUGGAAAGCCGUUGUGUACAUGCUGCCAGGUGUACAAAGCAACAUUUUAACGUGUGUGUUUUAAUUUGCAGUGGACUUCUUUUGAAAAAGAAAAUGUCUGACUUUAAGACCUUUUAGAAUUCAAGGGCAAGAGUGAACCAAGCAACUUUCUGCUUUGUUUUGCUCUUCAUCACCAACCUGGCCAUACAAAUACGACUUUAUUCCCUUUCUUCUUCCUGACUUUUUGUCGCCGGGUUUAAAUUACGUUUCAGUGUUCACUUUGGGUCUGACGUUUGGUUGAACAGUACGGAGAGGGCAGCGAGGUUGAAGGCCGCUGCGUGGAGAUACAGAGCAAGCUGCGUCUGUUGAAUUUCAGCCUGGGAAGGAGGAGUCCUGUCGGGGAAUCGAGGGCCUCUUCCUGGAAAAUGGUUCCUGCUGCGUCAUCGCAUCCAUCUUCUCCCCUGGCUCUCUUGAAUCUGCCAAGCAGCCUCACACAUAGGAUUAGGGCCGGGUGCUUUUCUUUCGGCAGGGACAUGGAAGUGGUGGCGAAACUUCCCCUGGGACCUGUCUGUGCAUCGGCCUUGCAGUAAAGCCAGCAGCACCACUGACUUCGUGGUUGGACUUUUGAUUCUGAGACUGAGCUCAGGAAAACUUCCCCGUAUGUGCUUUUAGGCAAGGGUGGGAGGAAUUCUGUCCUGAAACUCCUUUUCCUUUACCUCAGAAGUAAAACUUUCACAGCGUCGAAGUAGCGGCACUCAUCGUAUGCUCAACGGGACUCUUGGAGUCUUCACAUCAGCAGAGGUAGAACCUCCCCCACUGUCACGUUCCACGUGUGAAAGCUGCAUCAUUCUCUCCGCGGGCUCAGAAGGCCCUUCUACAUUUUUUUGAGCUGGCAAAUGGUCCUGCAGCAACAGUAUUCCAGAGAAAUCCGUAAAACCUUUAAUGAAAAGUCUGAAUGCUGGGUAAAAAGCAAUGCACUGGGUGCUAUGAAUUAAAUGGACUUUUCCCUGAGCCUGAAGAAACACUGUCAGGCAGACACCUUCCCUUUGGGGUUGAUAGGUUCUGUUACGUGUCUCAUUUUUGCCAGUUCAGAACAUUUUUUAAAACAUAGUGACUGGUUAAAUUUUGUGUGUCUGUGUUAGAAAGUAAAUUCUUUGGCUGCAAUAAAAAUGUCCCUAUA